UCUGUGAGAGUCGCUCAGAUGCUGCUGAUGUCCAAAGAAGGCGGAGAGGAAUACAGAAAGAGUUCAGAUGUGAGAGGAACACCACUGAAUCACUGAUUCACACAUGGCUGGAUCAUCUUACACUGUUGUAUGAACAAACUUUAUUUAUAAGGACUCAGCCUCACAGUAGAUGGAGAAGGUUUAAGUCUGGUUUAGUCCAGUGGGGAACAGCUCUCCAUCAUGGAUCCGCUCGACAAGCUGAGCAGAGAGAAGUUGAUCUUCUAUCUGACAGUGCCGCUGUCUUCAAUCAUCAUCUUCUCCAACCUCUUCAUCAUCAUAGGCAUCGCCUGCAACCGUCAGCUGCACAACACCCCAAAUUACUUCUUCUUGAGCCUGCUAGUGGCUGACUUGUGCACUGGCAUCGCCCUGCCCUUCAUUCCCCGCAUGACGCUCAACCGGCAGCUGGAUUUCAAGCACUGCUUGGUGAUGUACAUCUUCCCCAACUUUCUGUUCCUGUCAUUCCUCUUCAAUCUGGUGAUGGUGCAUUACGAACGCUACCUGUGCAUCGUCAGCCCACUCCACCACAGCCAGUUCUGGGUUCACCGCUGCUUCCCAUUGGCUUUGUUGACAGUUUGGCUCCCACCUUUGCUGUAUGCAUCACUUCCCGCCUUUGGAUGGAAUAAUUGGGUGGAACCCAAUCCCAACAAGCGCUCCGACUCAAACGAGACGUUUUUGAGAUCAACCACGUCUCAAAACUCCACCAAGGAGGAUGAGGCUUGCUCCUACAAACAGGUUUUUCCCAAGGCUUUCAUUUAUUUGGAAGUGUGCGGACUGGUGCUUCCGGCAAUGCUGUCCAUUGUAGCCAUGAUGGGGCGAGUGUUGUGGAUCGCGCGCAAACAGCUGCAGACCAUCUGUAAGCUUCACCGUGCUGUGGACCGUCUCCAGCAGCCUUCGGAUCAUGAGCAGCAGCUUAACCUGCGCUAUGCCAAAUGCGUGGCCGCUGUGUCCCUCACCUUCCUGGUCUGCUGGGUGCCAUACAUCAUCUACCAGCUCAUGUCCGUGACGGCGCUGCAGACCGGGGUGAGCUUGCAGAGUUCUUAUCUGUACAUCAUCAUGUCCUGUACGGGAAUCGGGAGCAUGGCCAUCAUUCCGCUCAUACUGGGACUGGCCAACAAGCAGUACACUGAACCCAUCAGCAGGCUGAUGCUUAAACUGAGAAACCGCUGGAGAGGAGGACAGAAUAACAGAGAUGUUAUUGAACAGGAUGUUUGAAUUUAAUGUAUAAAUGAAAGAUAUGAUAUGCAUUAAAUGCUUUACACUACUGUUUAAAAGUUUGGCCUUGGUUAGAUUUUUU